UCUUUCUUUAUCUUCUUCAAACUUUUACUUUUCGCUGUAUAAACUUGACCUCAAAGUUUGUUUUUCCUACAUUCUACUUUAAAUGCUCUCGUCUCAACUCUGAAAUGCACAGCCACACAGAGGUCCAACUUAUUAUUUGUUUGAUCUUUCCGUUGCUUAAGUUCAACGCAUUGUGUGGCAUAUAAUUACUUGGUGAAUUUAAACACCUUUCAUUUCUCAGAAUAUGCACAUUUUACAAUGAUUUCCUCUACACAUGAUGUCGCCACAAGCAAGAUGAAGCUUAUUCGGGGUGUCUUAUGGGCUGCCAAUGCUUGCCUAUCUCGUUCUUCUCGAUAUCAUCCUCAAGUUUUCAGGACCUUUUCUGCACUUCCAAAUUUUGCCGCUGACGAUAAGCAAAGCACCAACUCAUUUGAGUCUGCUGAAGACUUUCAAAGAUGAAUAUUCGGUGAUAGUACGGGAAACAGGCCAAGUUCAACCUCCUUUUUCAGAAAGCUUGAUAGGGCUGAAAAGUCCUAUGAUAGAUCUGGUCCGGGAUCCACGUUCAGUUCUGGGAACAGAUCUAGUUUACUGGAUGGUCUGGUGAAAGUUUUGAUACAUUAUCAGAUGGGAUGGAUGGUAAGUUGAAGGAAGCAGCCAGAUAUUUUGAGUUUGAUCCUGAUGAAGUAGAGAAAGAUGAUUAUGCUUACAGAGCAGAUAUGACCUUUUGGCCUGGGAAUACUUAUGAAAUCAAGUUAUGAGUAAUGAGUCCAACUGGAAUGUUGCUUACAAACAUACAGAAUGUGAGGUUCCUAGCUAACUUCAUAACGGAGGCUGGAAUUCUCAACAAGAGGAGCAAGACUGGAAUUAGUGCCAAGACUCAAAGAAAGAUUGCCAGGGAGAUCAAAACUGCCAGAGCUUUCGGUCUGAUGCCGUUCACCACUAUGGGAACAAAGCAGUUUGUAUUUGGUAGAACAAUGGAGGACCUUGACGCAGAUUAUGAAUAUGAGAUGUACGACCCCAAUUUUGUCGAUACAGAAGUUGGUCGGGAACCUCUUUAAGAUGCUAGUACUAGUUACUAUUUGUUUUAAUUGACCAUGGUUUGUCCUUGAGGACGUGUAUGUAUUCUCAGUUAUGGCUAUGAAAAGAUGCUCUAUUAGCUGAGAUUUUGUUUCAAAUUACAUAUUGCUUCAAAGGACUGCCCUACAUAAUACACAUAGGUUUCAUUGUAUAUCAAUGAUUUAGCUGUUGGAGCUUUCUUUAGUUAUUGUCUUUUGGACAUUUUCGUAAACCUAUUGGCUCCAAAAUGUA